AACAAGUAAAAUAGGAGAAGAGAAAGCAAGAAACUUACUUUGAUGUGUAUACACUACACGCACACAUAUUUGUUUGUUUGGUUUCACACACAUUCAAAGAGAUCCCGACUUUCCUUCCCCCUUCAUCAUCACUCCACCCAAAAUAAAUAAAUAAAUAAAUAAAAUCAAAUUCACACUCUUAAAAGAGAAAAAAAGAAGAGAAUUUUUUCUCUUUUGUAUAAAUCUAAUUGGAAUAUAUUUCUUAGAUUUCUUGACUAUUGGAUUCUUCUUCUUCAUUUACCUAUUGUCAUCCCUGUGUUUCACUCACAUUACCUCCAUAACUAGCACCACACAACACAUCCUUUGAUUUUUUUUUUCAUUUUUCUUUCAGAAUUACACCCAUUUUUCCUUUUCUUUUGGGUAUUUGGGGAUUUGUGUCAAGGGAUGAAAAAUUGGGUUGUUAAUUAGGGGGUGGUUUUGAUUGUUGAUUGUAAGUGAAAGCUGAAAUUUACUAAUAAAUUAGUGAUAAAAUAAACGCUUUUUUAUUGUGUUAUAGAAACUGUGCUGUGAUGCCAGACCACAACAACAGGCAGGUUAAGAGCAAUGCUGUGUCAAAUCAAUCCGCUGAAAACAUUGAAGAAGCAAUUUGGCGAUUGAAAAUACAUGAUCAUCAAGAUCAAGGGGGUAUGGCUCAAUCAAGUCCAUACCCGGAUCGUCCUGGUGCACCAGAUUGUGGAUAUUAUUUAAGGACUGGAUUAUGUGGUUAUGGAAGCAAUUGUCGCUUUAAUCAUCCUGUUUAUGCUGCACUGGGCGCGCAAUUGAGAGAAGAACUUCCAGAGAGAGUUGGACAGCCUGACUGUGGGUAUUAUUUAAAGACAGGGACUUGCAAAUAUGGAUCUACUUGUAAAUAUCAUCAUCCAAGAGACAGGAAUGGUGCAGGACCAGUUUCAUUUAACGUGUUGGGUCUUCCUAUGCGUCAGGAUGAAAAAUCAUGUCCUUACUACAUGCGGACCAGAUCAUGUAAAUUUGGAGUUGCAUGCAAAUUCCACCACCCCCAGCCUGCGUCAUUGGGAACUAGCUUCUCCCUAACUGGAGCUGCUGCCUUUGGAUCUACAGGAUCACCAAUUGUGCCAUCUUCAGGCCUGCCUUAUGUAGGUGGACUUCCAACAUGGUCGUUACCAAGGGCACCACUUAUGUCUGGCACAAAUUUACAAGGUCCACAAGCUUAUAUGCCUGUUGUUGUAUCUCCUUCUCCAGGCAUCAUUCCUGUCCCUGGCUGGAACACCUAUGUGGGAAACUUGAAUCCAAUGUCCUCUUCCAGCAUUCUGGGAUCCAAUCGUGCUUAUGACUCCAGGAACCAAGGUGACUCUGGUUCCGGUGGGCAAGUGCACUUGUUAUCAACAGUCAGCCCUGUUCUCCCUGAGAGACCUGGUCAACCAGAAUGCCGGCAUUUUAUGAGCACUGGGACCUGCAAAUAUGGUUCUGACUGCAAGUACCAUCACCCAAAAGAAAGGAUUGCACAGCUAGCAACCAAUACUAUGGGCCUGCUUGGACUUCCCUCGAGACCUGGGCAAGCCGUGUGUCCCGACUACAGUAUGUAUGGAAUCUGCAAGUUCGGCCCAACCUGCAGAUAUGAUCACCCCUUACAUACAUAUCCUUAUAACUAUAGCUUGAGCCUGCCAUCUUUAUCUAUAAUGGAUUCAUCUCUGAUAACUUAUCCAAGAAUGGCACAAGCAGCUCCUGUUACCUUGUCGAAACUCCCUGAUUUGAUCCACAAUCCUGAUGGUGCAAGCUACAAUAAGCAUCAGAAUCCUGAUACAAGUACAAAGAUUUCAGAUGAUCCAACCGAGCAAGCUGGUUCCCCACCACCACACUCUUCACAGGCUUCUUCAGAACCUUCACACGAUUAAUUCGAUUCAGUUCAAGUCUCACCAUUUUGUUCUGGUUUGUAAUUUUUUUUUUUUUUGAUACUUGGUACUCUUAAAGGAGAUUUUUGUCACAAGUACCUCCAGCCCCUCUUUUCACCUGUGUUUCUGCGGAGUGUGAUACGUGGUUUGAAAAUGUGUUGAGCAAAGAUGAUGGGAGUAUGGAAGGGCAUUUUUUGUUGUGAAUAAAAUGCAGGUGAAAUUUGUAA